CGGAGCCGGCAUCUUUUAUCCUGUGUGCACCGCCCGAGCCUUACACCGGUUCCCCGCAUUCCCAGCAUGGCCAGCCCGGAGGAGACUAAGGAGUUGCAGCUCCUGGAGAGCCUAAAAGAGCAAGCAAUUGAACAGUAUGAAGAACUCAAAACAGAGAAUGUUAAAGCUAAAGAGGAGUAUGACAAGGUCAAGCAAGAGCGAGAUGAAGCUGUCAAAAAGCUGGAAGAGUUCAGCAAAAUUUCUCACAUGGUUAUCGAAGAAGUAAACUUCAUGCAGAACCACCUUGAGAUCGAGAAAACGUGCAGGGAAAGUGCGGAGGCUUUAGCAGUAAAGCUCAACAAAGAAAACAAGAACUUGAAAAGGAUUAGCAUGCUGUACAUGGCUAAACUGGGCCCAGAUGUUAUUACCGAAGAGAUCAACUUAGAUGAAGAUGAUCCAUCUUCAGAGGGCGAUAGUGGGACCGCUGCUGUGUGCGCCUCAAUUAACUGUCAACAGAAAAUAAACGAUCUACAAGAACAAACAAUAAAACUUCAAGAGGAAAAGAAGACUGUGUCAAUUGAACUGGAAGACCUACGUUCCAAACUGAUUGAUCUUAUUGAAGAGGUAAAUAUAACAAAAAAAGAGAAUGUCAUGCUGGCUAAAGAGGUUUUUGAACAGCGAAAACUCCUGGAAAAAUGCAACAGAGUGACUGUGGUAUUUUUCUCCUUUUUUGAGUGCUCGUCUGGUAACUGCCCGUUUUUUGGCCUUGCUCCCAGUUCACUACUGACGGUCAUUGGUACUCUCACUGGUGUGGAAGUAGUUGGCAGAGACUUUGUUGGUAUGGAAGUGGUUGACAUAGAAGAAGAUGCAUUGCUGGAAUCACUGAGGCCUGUUGCACUUUCAAAACUAGAAAAUGUCACUUUGCAGUGUCAUCAAGUUGUUUUUGAAAAGGUAAAGGAUAUGGAAGAACAGCUGGAAGAGGCCAAACUCCGGAAAGAGUUACAGAGCCUUCGGAAACAGCUGGAAUUAUUAGAAGAGGAUAAAAAGGAACUGGAAGCCAAGUGUCGAACUUCAGAGUCUAUAGUAAAAGACCUAAGGCACUCAGUGGAAGAGCUCCAGAAACGAAUACAACUAGCAGAAAAACCUGCGGCACCUCCUCCGCCACCUCCUCCUCCGCUACCUCCUCCGCCACCUCCCAAUCCUAUUCGGUCUCUCAUGUCAAUGAUUCGGAAGAAACCUAGUGGUUCAGCAAGUGCGCCAAGUACACCAAAAAAGGAAACCUCUGUGCCGGACUCUGGACAUGUUGAUCUGAAAAGACAGGCUGUAGAUGAAAUGAUGGAUCGGAUAAAGAAGGGGGUUCAUCUCCGACCAGUGAACCAGACAGCUCGUACAAAGAACAAGCAGGAUACAACAGAAGCAGUAAUAUCGCCCCCUGCUGCCCAUGCAGAGGCUGAACCUGAAGAAGUCAAAUCCUCUGGCAGUGCAGUGCAGGAGCUGAAGGGGAUUCUGGACUCUCUGAACUCGUCUGGCAAUGUAAGAAAACACAAAGGACUAGGUACAGCUUCCACAGAGACCGAGCUAGAAAGAAUCUUACGACGCAGGAAAGUGACAACAGAGCAGGAUUCGUCUAGUCCAUUGGGGACUUUAGCCACUCUUGAAUCUAAAUCAAUGCCAGUUUUGGGCUCUGCAACCAAUUCAUCUCUCCGCCAGAAUCCCAAGGAAGCCAGAUCCACAGCUACGUGCAGAAGUCCAGUUGGAGCUGAACAGCUGUCAUUCAGAGAAAAACAAAUGCAUUUAAAGAUUGCGUCUCAGUCCUCGGAGGCCCUGGGAUAUGCUGACAAGCCAAAUAAAAAAGAGAAUUCUGAUGUUUCAAUAGACGUCGCUUCACAAUCUGCUGCUACGGUCAAAUCUAAAGAGAUGAGGCAAACAGAACAUACAGACGAUAAAAAACUAAAAGAUACAGACAGUUCUAACUGCUAACAAUAACUUUCUUUGUAUUUCAGUAUCCCUAUGGUAUAGUUACCAUAUAGAAGCAUGUCACAGAUUUUGCCUUGUUUUUAUGUAUCACACAAAAGGUGCCUAAAAUUAACUGCCUGGUACUGUCAAAAAAAAAUACACUGGGGCCUUUUUUAACGGGACAUUGUACUGUAAUUAUUUUAUACCUUUCAAUGUUUUCCCAAUUAUUCAUCCCCCCUUAGAUUAUAUUUGUUUACAAAUAGCUCCUUUAUCUUUAUUUUGUAAUCUGUAAUGGCUGCUUUUGCCUGUGGAAACCUCCACCUACACUGAAAAAUAUAACUACUGCUGUAUUCUCUAUAGGAAAGCUAUUUGAAAAAGUAUUGGCCUUUUUGUAUAGAAAGAGAUAAGGAGGUAUGUAUAUAGAGAGAGGAGGUCUGCAUUUUGUGCAAACUCAGCUCAUGUGAAUGGGCUUGUUCUCUAAAUCAAUUGGCUGUGGUUUCAAAGAGCUAAAACAGUUGUUUCAAAUACAAAAUAAACCUAAAGGAGUAAUUUCCCAUACAUUUAACUACACUGCAGAUGGCAUAACAACUUAUACAAAAUAUUUACUUCAUGAUUCAGAAAGAACAUACAAUUUUAAAUAACUUUACAAUUUACUUCUAUCACUAAAUUUGCUUGAUUUUCUUCUGUGCAUUGCUGCUACUGAGCCUACUUGGGUAUGCUUUUCAGAGAUAACAAAGUCAUUUAGAUUAUAGAGGUGAAUUGGAAAGUUGUAUAAAAUCUUGUGCUCAAUUUAAACCAUGAAAGUUUAAUUUUGACUUUACAAAUGGAACCCCAUUUUGCAGUACAUUGUCCCUUUAAGUUCUACUAUGCUGCCAAUGAACAAUCAAACAGCACAAGCUUUACAUUCACAUUUUUCCAUACCGUCUUAUUGUGCGCGUGCAUACAUAGAUAUGCACCAGUUGUCUGAUUAAACGUUUGUUACUUUCUAUUCCUACAAAGGGCUGGCUAUAAAAUAGUUAUUACCUCCCAGACUAAUAGAAAAUAGACAUUGUAUGAAAAUUCAGUGAUAAAUCCUAUUGUUUUGUAUGAAAUAAUGUGUGAACCAUUUGUCUGUUCUAUAAGCAGACCAUAAAAAUGUAAGGUGUUUCCAAACAUGCACUGUAUAUUUUUUCUACUUCUGAGAAAUUGGGCGAAAAAACAACUGAACGCCAAAAAAUGUAGUUAUUCUUUGGCAUUAAACAAAUCUCUUUGUACAAAUUAAUCUUCCUGCUCUAAAUCGAAUGCAUGUGUGUUUGAUUCCAGUCCAUAAAAGACUCCACGGAAUCAAUUACUAGUGGGAAUAUCACUCCUGGCCAGCAGGA